CCCGGGCCCAUCGCCACAAGCAUACUGCAUAAACAUGGAUUUACUGAUGAGAUGGUCAAAAAAUUCGAAGAAGCCUUGGUAGCAAAACCCACAACUGUUCCUUGCCAGCGUAUAGGUCAGCCCGAAGACAUUGCUGAAGCUAUACUGUUCCUAGCAGAUAGAAAAAGAUCGAGCUACAUUGUUGGACAUCAGCUGGUGGUGGAUGGUGGAUCAUCUCUGCAAAUGCCUGUGAUUGCGGAAAGCCCGGAAAUCCUUGGCAAAGUACUAGCAGAGUUUGCGCCUAAGAAAUAG